AUGGCAGCCCCCAUAGCUUUCGUUAGCCAAAUAGAGCGGCGUAAAGAAAGAGAAGAAAAGCGUCAAGCGCAGGCUGUUAUCCUCCAAAAGGCUAAGGAAGAGCGGGAGAGAAAAGAACGACGAAAAGAAGCCCAUAAAUUGAGAGGCGAUGACAAGUGGAUGCUGUCUUCGGUUUCUGACAGGAUCGAGGCUGAGGGUGAUAAGCUGAAGUCCAAGAAAUGCAAGAAAAUCAAGGAUAAAAAGAAGACGAAAAAGAAGAAAAAGGAAAAGAAAGCAAAGCACAAGCACAGGCAGCAGGAGAGCAACGGUGACUCUUCAUCUGAUGAGGAUGAAGAUUCUGAAGAGAUGGAGUGGGUGGAGGACAACCCUUCAACAUCUGCUCCAGCAGUACAAACUGUUAGCGCUUCAAAUGAGCAAAAGAUGCCUCAGAGAGAUGAUUGGAUGAGCAACCCCUUCACCAUGGCAACAUAUUCCCGUGACGACAUGAGGAGAGAGAAGGCGGCACUGCAGGAGAAUGCUGAGACAGAAAAGGAGAAAGAACAAAAGCUGCUCCUUGAUAAUCCUGGUCGAUCCGACAGAGAACUAAACCCCUUCUGGAAGGACGGAGGGACUGGCCUCCCAGAGGAGAAGCACAGCACCCCUGCUGCUAAAGUGGGCAUUGCCGAUGCUGGGGUUGGUUGGUUAAAGAAACAAUACCAGAGGAUUGUGGAACGAUCCGAGGAAGAGGGGAGAUCAGUGAAGGAACUUGCAUCCGAAAGAUGGGGUUCACUAGAAAAGUACUAUGAAUUGCUGGCCAAGGCUGAAGGUGCACAGGACAGACCCGGGCAUAGAGAUAGAGACAAACCCAGGCAACACAGGGACAUAGAUAGAGGGACAGACUACAGGAGGGAGAGGGGAGAAGGUAGACACAGAGAUGCACAGAGAGGUGAAGACAGAUACAGAGACAGAGAUCGUGGUAGAGACAAUGAAAGAGACUAUGACCAGAAAGGUGAUAGAUAUAGGGACAGACCAGUGGAAAGAACCCAGGGGAGAAGCAGAAGCCCUGAUAGGAGCAGUGACAGAGGCAGAGACAGAUAUGGUGAUAGGGAAUCUAAAUCAUCCUCAUCUUCUACAAGACGUGACGAUGCAAAGACAAGCAGAACAUUCAUGAGACCAAGUGAAUCUGAUGACCGUCCAAGACACAAGGAUUCAAAAGCUAGUAGCCUUGGAGCUUUAGGAGGUCUUAAGGGAAUGUUUAAGAAACCUGGGGAGGAAUCUUUGGAUAACAAGGAUGACUCAAGGAGGAGGGAUACAUAUCCUAGAGGUGAUAGGAGACGGGAGAAUGAGACGCCAGCUUGGAAGAAGAAGGCAUUUAUGAGACCAAAUGAAGAUGUUGAGAAGAAUGCUGGACCUUCUUCCUCAUCAUCUUCAAUGGGAGCAUCGUCCAAAAAAUCAUCUUCAAGUACUCCAGCUUGGAAAAAACAAACCAACACUGAGACAUCUACUGAAUCACAGAAUCCUGAGAAAAGAAGUUCAAGUGAGUCCUCAUCUUCUUCUGGGUCUGAGAGUGACAGUAGUAGUGACUCAGAGAGUGAGCGAAGCCCCUCCCCUCCCCCAAGGAUUCUCAGUGAAGCGGAGAUGAACCAACUCGGAGCUAAGAUUGUCAAAGCAGAGCUCAUGGGAAACGAGGAUCUUGCAAAGAAAUUGAAGGCACAGAUAGAAGAGUCUCGCCAAGCUAAAGCCAACCAAGCCAUGAAAGGCCCCGCCCAGCCACGCCCAUCAAGUAGUAAGGGGAAGACAGGAAGAGGAUCUUCAGAUGAUGAGGAAGUGGUACUGACCAGAGUGGAUAGAACCGGUCAGAGCUGGCCGCUACCGGAACAAUCCGGUAUCGGUCCAAGUAACAAGGGCAAGAAGAGGACAAAGAAACAGAACAUCAUCACUCAUGACAGGGAUGGACAGAGGGAGAGGUACUUUGCAGAUGAUGACCAGCAGGACCUGAGGGACAUGGUCAGAAAAGAAAGAAUGACAUCGGGUGAAGAUCAGCUUCGUCUCUUCAACAAAGUAGCCAACAAGGCCCUCAAGAAGCUUACCGACGACCACACCCUGGAUGACAUGUUUGUAUCGACUGCUGCUCAGAAGACAUCUAAUACUCAGGAGGAGGAGAGACAGAAGGCAGUGGCAAUCAGCCAGCAUCGUAAGAUGGCUGCCUCCAUGUCUAAAUGUCCAUUCUGUCUGGAUAGUCCCGAGAUGCAGAAACACCUCAUCAUUGCGCUGGGAAUCAAGGUGUACUUGUGUCUGCCAGCCGCCCAGUCUCUGACUGAAGGCCAUUGUCUUAUCGUGCCCAUGCAGCAUACAGUGGCUAGCACUGUGCUUGAUGAAGACGUGUGGAACGAAGUGCAGAUCUAUCGCAAGGGUUUGACCAAGAUGUUUGAGGAUCAAGACAGAGACGCCAUUUUCUUGGAGACGUGCAUGAACCCACAAGGUCACAGACACAUGGCGAUAGAGUGUGUUCCCCUGCCUAAGGAGAUUGGUGACAUGGCUCCGAUAUACUUCAAGAAAGCCAUCCAGGAAUCGGAGUCAGAGUGGUCCCAGAACAAGAAACUGGUUGACACUAGAAAGAAGGAUAUCCGUAAAAGCGUACCACAAGGAUUCCCAUAUUUCAGUGUGGACUUUGGGUUGGAUGGAGGCUUUGCUCAUGUUAUUGAAGACGACAAAGUGUUUCCUCACUACUUUGGAAAGGAGAUUAUUGGUGGAAUGAUAGACCUUGAACCCCAGUUAUGGAGGCGACCCCAUCGGCAGAACUUUGACGACCAACGCCGUAAGGUGUUGCAGUUUGGAGAAUGGUGGAAGCCGUUUGACUGGACACAGAGAAUUGGAAAAGACUGAGGGAAUUGUUUCAGUCAAAAAAAUCAGAAGCUUGUGAAUGUUUUUUAUCAUGUGGAUUUGUGUAGGAUGCAUUGAUUUAGGAUAUUUAUCCAGGAAUUUGUUCGACAAAAAUCCAAACAGCUUUUCUUAUAUACAUGUAUUUCUCCUUUUUUCCAUUUUGGUGGUGAAGACAGAGAUUUUAUUUUGAAAGGCAAUGCUUUUUCAGUCAUGUAAUGCUUUAUUUAAACAGAAACAAACGAAACACAGCAUUUGCAAAACACAAUUAUUUUUGUAAAGUCUUCAUCUCUGCAAAAAUAUAAUUCUUAAGUCACAAAGUUGACAAUUUUACUUCUGAAAAAAAAAAAAACUUUCUUUGAUUGUGACAUCUGUGCAGAGCAUCCUGUUAACAUGUAUUUAUUUUCCAGUGUGCUUCCACUGAACGCAACACUUACAAAACUUUCUGUUCAUCAACAAAAGAAUUUCAAAUAUUUUAAAUUAAAUAAAUCUUAACAUCUUUCAAUAAACAAACACCACGAUAAACAAACACCAAAAAGUACAAAUCUAAAUUUUAUAUCAUCCGAUUGAAGUGUUGAAUAGUUUCUGAAUUGCUGAUACUAGGAUUAGAUUUAUUUUUAAAUGUUUCCCUUUUUAUUAAUUAAAUCGUGUUAUUUUGUUGAAAUCAGUUAUAAUAAAGUACAUGUAGUCUUUAUAAGCAUUUUAAUUUUGUUGGUUUCCCCUGUUUUAUACUUUUUUAAAUACAUGUUUAUAAGGGAAUACAACAUCUUGGCUUUUUAGAAGCGGAAACAAACACAUUUCACAUUUUAAGGCAAUAUCGUAUGCAUCUGCUAAGCAGAGAACUUUUCAUAAUUUUACAGAACAUAAAUAGGUCGGCAAAUAUUUACAUUACAAAAUGUUUUUAAGCUUGUAAACAGUUGGUUUUGGUGAAGGAAAACUUUGUAAAGUGGUGUUCUUUUCUUAGCGUCACUGCGAAUGGCCCAACCUGUUCAUUACCUUGGCUCAAGCCACACAUAUUUCUUUAUGUAUAAGCACACAUAUUCUACUUGUUUUCUUUAAAGUACUCUU